AUGCCGAAGCCGCGCACUUUCGCCAACGAAGGCUACAAGACCGUGGACGCCUCCACCGCCUUCGAGGAAGAGGCUCUGCCGCACUACAUGCGCGAGGCGUUUUACCCGGCGCGCAAUGGCGACAUCAUCAAAGGGCGGUACCAGCUGGGGGCCAAGAUGGGCUACGGCACAAGCUCGACCGUCUGGCUGGCCCAAGAUCUGCAGUGCGUGCCUGUCACCGACCUGACGAUGGCCUCCUGUCUCCUAUCUUGUCGCGCUGGCUUUUGUCCUGGGACGGCACGUACUGGGCGAUGA